AUGUCAAUCCAAUCGCACCCCAAACUCACCGGUCUGGACCUCAUCCAAGCCACCUACAAGAAAGUCGGAGACCAUGAAAUCCGAACAGACAUCCUCAUCCCACAAAAGCCAUUCACAGGCAAGAGACCCGUAAUCCUCCGCUUCCACGGCGGCGGUCUGGUAAUGGGCGACUCCCUCUACAUGGACUUCUGGCCAUGGUGGCUAUCAGACGUAGCGCUCCAAGAAAACGCAAUAAUAAUUAGCCCAAACUACCGCCUGCUCCCAGGCUCAACCAGUAGCGAAAUCUACAGUGACAUCGAAGACUUCUGGACCUGGGUCCGGAGCCCCACUCUAACAACCCUCCUCGCGGCCCACUCAACACCCACACACGCUGAUCUCUCACGGGUACUGAGCUUCGGCGAGUCAGCCGGCGGACUGCUGAGUCUGUACCUGGCGCUUGCGCACCCGGAUGAGAUCCGGUCCUGCACGGCUGCGUAUCCGUGGGUUGAUCCGUGCUCUGAGGCGUUUGUUAAGCCGCGGACUGUGGGACCGUUUGGGAUGAUGCUUCCUGAGAGUGUUGUUACGGAGACGAUGGGUGUUGUUGUUCCGGGCACUGUUGAGUCUUCCGUUGUGGAGCAAGGGCGAUUAGGAUUCAUGCUUGCGGCUACUCUUUAUGGGGUCCUUGGGCGGCUUUAUGAGCGUGGGGUUGAGGGGUUGGAGAGGGAGGUGAGGUUCCCUGGUGUUAAGAUUGAGCAGGAGGGGGUUAGAAUUCCGGAGGGUGGGAUUGCUAUUAUUCAUGGGCGGCAGGAUAGUAUUGUUCCUGUUGGGGAUGUGGAGAAGUUUGUUAAGCGUGCGCGGGAGGUGUUUAGCGAGUUGCCGGGUGAUCGGAUUGUUUUUACUGUUAAGGAGGGGGAGCAUGGGUUUGAUACUGGUUUGAGGUUUGAGGAGGUUUGGUUGCAGGAGACUUUUAAGGUUGCGAUUCAGACUUGGUUGGCAUAG